AUGGCGAAGAAAAAGACCCUCAAUCCCACACCAGAGACGAGGAAGUUUCUCACGUUUCCGUGGCACCACAAAGACAUUUUAAAGGCUGUCACACCCAACCUGACCUGCACAUGGGUGCGUAAGGGUAUAAACGACAGAACUGCCGACCGAGAGUACACAACCCACGUGAUGGGCAAUUUCAGGUGCAUCAACACAACCUGCAGUACAAGCGGCUGGAGCAGUAAAAAGGUGGCCAUUCAAAUCAGAGGUUACACAAAGAACGGUUACAAUGCUGUGGUAUUCAAUCAGCGAUGCAAGGAAUGCAAUCAGCUAGGCACGCUGUUCCUGGACAAGGAAUCAUACGUCGAGCGAGUCUCAUAUAGGAUUCAGAAGUGGGCUGGCAUCAAAGUAGAACAGCCGUUUUACGCCUCCAGGGAGGGUUUGCCACACAAACAAGAGCUAUGUGAAGGCUGUAAGAGAGGCGUUUGCCGACAGGCGAACGACUGGGCGUGA